AACAUGACCAAUCUUGCCGAAUCUAUACCUGUCAGGGAUUCAGUUAAUUACAGCACGCUAGUGGCUUACAAAUUUGAGCCAGAUCUUGACUCAGAAUGGACACACUCCUAUCAAAUUUUCGUAUACAUUUCCGCCUCUUUGUGUGGCUUACCUGACACGUGGGAUACAGAUCUCUCAGAAAAUGGUCUUUCUUUAUAUUAUACAUUCAAUGAAACAGUAGCAAAAAGCACAGACACGGACGAAAUGACAGCUAUUAGAUUUAGGAAUGGAUACGCUGAAGGGUUGGCCCAGAUGCAAAUGCAGGACAACGUAUCAAAAUACACUUUGUACAUGCUAGUUAUUCCCGACUCUUGCGAUGAGUGUACCAGGGAUUCAAACUGGGUAUACGAAUUUGCCGUCUCUCAAAGAAAUUUACUUUUUCUUUAUGAUGUCGAACCUUUUAUCUCUGUUGUUGAUGUCGACUAUGACACAGUUAUUUUUGAAGCAGGGAAGAUAAAUUUUGGAAAAAAUAGAUCUUACGGAAUGUACAUUUUUGAGGAUGGGAAUUAUAUACCGACUUCUUUGAAUCAAUCAUGGUGUGCUAUAAGUGAAUCCACCGGAUACGGUACAAGAGUUGAGAUUCAAGAGAAUACUACUGAGUCGUCGAGAAAUGAAUUUCUUGUGUCUGGUUUAGAGAUUUCCAAGCAUUAUUCUGCAGUACUUGUUGUGACGUUUACAGAUAUACCUUACGGUGGAGGAGUUUUCAAACAAUUCGAGUUUACAAUGUCCACAUCGAAAGCUUGCAAGCUUGCUUAUAGUUUAGGGUUUUGCAAUGAAGUCGCUUAUGCAGUCCCUGUUUCAACUGGUUUUUAUGACGGAGAUGAGUCAUGGGAACAGCUGAUGGCGGCAUACGAUAACUACUCUGAAAGCUUAUACACUCCAUUUGGAUAUGCAAUGCAACAAAUACCCUGUGACACAGAGCUAUCAGCGAGAUAUUCUCCAAUACGAACUUGUGACGAUUGCAAGUAUUCGUACAAACAAUGGCUGUGCUCCGUCACUAUACCCAGAUGUAUUUCUCCAUCUCAUGCGGGUCCGCAAAACAUGGUUUAUGAUGCAGGUUCAGGGAGAAACCAUUUCAUUGAGCAAACCAUCAUUCCACCUUUGCCCUAUGCCGAAGUUCUCCCAUGCCUUAAUAUGUGUGAAGCAAUUGUUCGGGAUUGUCCCCCUGCUUUCGGUUUUGCAUGUCCUCAAUCUGCAGAUCUGGUCCAGCUUAGCUAU